AUGCAUCCAGCACCUGAUCUUCCGCCCAUAGUCUGCUCGGCCUUGCCCGUGGGUAGCCCGAGCAUGGCCAAGUCGUCUCAAGAGCUGACGCCUCCCAUAACACCGCCUAUUGUUGCCAUUGGAAACGGUAUUGGUCAUGUCGAUCCCCUCGCCGUCGCCCAGGCUGUCGCCCAACUCCCACAAGCGGAGGAGCCGCUGGUCGCGGUCAUCGGCUGUGGCUACGUUGGCGAGCACUUGAUCAGCAGCUUCUCGAAGCAUUACAACGUCCUAGGGUACGAUUUGUCCCAGGCUCGUCUUGAGGUUUUGCGGCAGACAUACAAUCAGAAGGAUAGCCGCAUCACCUUCACCCAGGACCCUGGCGACUUGUCGAAAGCAACUCAUUUCUUGAUUUCUGUUCCGACUCUUCUCUUGGAGGACAAGACCAUUGAUAUCAGCUACAUCCAGAGUGCCCUUGGUACGGUAGCAACUUUUGGGCGCAAGGGCUCUACCGUCGUUGUGGAGAGCUCGGUGGCUGUUGGCAUGACCAGACAGCUUCUUGGACCUCUGGUGGACAAGAAGGGUUUCUUCGUAGGAAUGUCACCCGAGAGAGUUGACCCCGGGCGCACAGAGCCUUCCACGCAUAAGAUCCCCAAGAUUGUUUCGGGCCUCGACGAUGUGGCUCCAGGCUCUCUAGAGGCAAUCGUCCGUCUGUACUCAUCUGUCUUUGACACCAUCAUUCCAGUGUCCAAGCCUGAAGUCGCAGAGAUGAUGAAACUCUACGAAAACUGCCAGAGAAUGAUGUGUAUUGCCUUUGCCAACGAGAUGGCUGACGCUUGCAUUCCCUUUGGUGUCGAUCCCUACGAAGUAUGCCGGGCUGCCUCUACCAAGCCGUUUGGAUACAUGCCAUAUAUGCCGAGCUUGGGAGUUGGUGGUCACUGUAUCCCUGUGAACCCCUAUUACCUGCUAUCCAAUAGUGACUUCCCAUUGCUCAAAGCCUGCACGGAGAAAAUGUGGCAACGACCGGUCGAAAUGGGCCAGAGAGCACUACGACUCCUCUUUGGCCCGGACAAUGAGGGAACCUAUCCUCUGUCCACUGUGAAGCGAACAGAUUCGGGUGUUGACAUGUCUCACGAUGAGAUGGUGGCGGAUGGGGCGCUGGCCAAAUGCGGCGUCGGCUUGACUGGAGGCUUGAUGAGCCUUCCCGAGACCAUGAGCGGCGCAACGACCUUCAAGCCACGUGCCCGGGUUCUCGUGGUUGGUAUGGGCUUUAAAGCAGGACAGAGCGUCUUGAGCAACUCUCCCGGACAGAAACUUGCCCAAUUCCUUGCUGAGUCCGGCCGCGUGGACGUCAUGUUUGCGGACCCGUUGGUGAAGCAGGAAGCCAUACCCCUAAUCCCGCGUCUGCCUGAUGAGUUCUGGAAAAAAGAUACCCUCGAGGGAUUUGAUAUGAUCAUUGUGGCCGUCAAGCAACACGGACUUGACCUCAGCGUCCUCCAGAUACUGCAAGAUGUCAAUGUAGCAAUAUGGUGUCCAUAA